AUGUUCCUAUCAAAGGUUAAUUUUCAUGACUCGCAGUUGCAUUUUACAUGUGUGAUAAUCAUCCUCUGCCCAUUGAUAUGGAAUAUUCUCGCGCGAUUGUGUCAUAAAUUGCUACCAAAGUACACACCGAAGUCUGUUCGAUAUCUCACAUGUUACUUGUUGACAAUAUGGAUAUUUUCGUUCUCAUCAUAUCGAGAUUAUUUAAUUCGAAAAACAAUUCAACACCAACCGAAAAUCAACGUGCCCAAUGAAUAUUCAGCACUAGUAGAAAUCUUCGCGAUUGGAAUAUUUCUUCUCGGGCAAUUAUUUGUUCUGUCAUCGUUCUACAAACUGGGUAUAACAGGAACAUUUCUCGGCGAUUACUGUGGAAUUCUUAUGGAUGCGCCAGUUACCAGUUUUCCAUUCAAUGUUUUGAACAAUCCAAUGUACAUCGGCUCGACAUUAUCGUUUCUCGCCAUGGCUUUGUACUACUCAUCACCAGUGGGUAUUCUGUUGACGAUUGAAGUCUAUAUUGUCUACCAAAUUGCAUUACAAUUCGAAGAACCGUAUACAAAAUGGAUCUAUUCACAAAAGAAGAAGACAAAAUAG